AUGAGCUUGGCUCAGCUUUCUCAGCACGGAUUGCUUUACGUUGUUGAGUUCAAGGCCGGUCGGAGCGAUUUGUUCUAUGUUUCAGAGAACAGUGGCCUUUCCUUGCAGAGAGGCGAUCUGGUCAUGGUGGAGGCAGAUCGCGGAAAGGAUCUCGGGAAAAUCACCAACGAUUCGAUCACGCCUCAACAGGUCCAGGCACUGCAAAAGAAACAUGCAGAGGCAGCAGCAGUAGCAGCCCAACAUGAAGGUCAACGCGCCCCCAAGGAGAUUCAUCCGAAGCGCAUCUUUCGAAUGGCCCACCCUACUGAGAUUGCGCAGCUGGUAAAUAAGAGCCAGGACGAGAUCAAGGCCAUGAUGGUGUGUCAGACCAAAGUUCGCCAGAAGAAACUUCCCAUGGAGGUCGUAGAUGCGGAAUACCAAUGGGAUCGCCGCAAGCUGACGUUCUACUUCCAGGCGGAGCACCGAAUUGACUUCCGCGAGCUGGUUCGCGAGCUGUUCAAGAUCUACAAGACACGUAUUUGGAUGUAUGCCGUGAACCCUUCUAUGGCUGCUUCUAUGGGACGCGACGCUGGUCCACAAACCAGUCCUCCUCGCGUCGUGUCUUCGCCUACUGCGUCUCCCUCAUCCCCACAGCCACACCACUCGAUUCUACACCAUCACCAUUCGUCGCAGCAGGCUCUGCACCUCCAGCACCCACAACAGCAUGCGCAGCAUCAGCAACACCAGCAGCACGCGGGGCUUUACUAUCAACAGCCUCAACUGCAAGAUCUGAUGCGCCAGAUGCAAGCGCAGUACUUUUCGACAUCCCAGCGAUCACCUUACCAGGGUCUCCAUCACGAACGCCUCCUUUCGGAAGAGGAGUCGAUGCAUCGCCCGUUCUAUGAGCAAUCGUAUCCGCUUCAGCCUCCACAUCCUCUCAUGUAA